UAACUACUUAAGCAUGACCGAAUCAGAUACAUCGAGUGCUACAAGCAGCGAAACACCGAAAAACAAUGAAAAGCGGCGACGAAAGAGUCUGCUUCGUCAAUCACUCCUUAAUGCUACUUUCAACUCAUCGGUGAUUGAAGAAGGAUGUCUCUCGCCCGCCUCCAAGGCAAAUACGGACGAAUUGACGGACGGUGAUACCCACCAGAACCAAGCCAGAAGAUCUGUGAGAGCAGACGAUGUUCUGUCUAGCUCUCAUGUGCCAAAUAAAGAGCAACUUGAAGUUGUGUCGAGACCAAACAUGGACACAGCUCAAGUUGUGAGUCAUUAUCAGAGUUGCAUCCAAGCUGCUAAUUCCGGAAAGUUGAACUCGAAAAAUGCGUUUUCUUUGCAUCUAAUUGACAUGAUGGGAGAAGUACUGAAAACCAUCAAUAAAGACCAGUUUUUUCAAACUGCAGGAUGUACGAUUGACGUUGGUGCAAAAAUUUAUUCGUACCGUGUUGAUGGUCUACACACUGAUGCAUACAGAGUAGCAAAUAUCCUGGGAGGGGGCAAGAAAGAAGACAAGGAAAAUGCGGACGAUGGAGAAGCGGAUAUGGAAUCUGAAGUGCCGAUCCGAUUGAAGAAGAAAAAGAAAAACUUCAAGUGUAUCGUUCAAGACACCAGCAAGAUUUUUAAACACGUGGUGUAUAACGUUGACCAUGAUGCAAUUCGGCUCAAAGCGGGAUCAUUGAUUGACACGACUAAUAACGAUUUCGUGAGUCUGAAUUUACCUAUCGAAGAAGGUGACGAUCGAAAAGAACGAAUAGUGACUGAUGGGAAAGAAAAAAUGAGAAUUUUUAAAACGGAAUACCCUGACGCGAGUACCUUCCCACUGAUCUCAAAAGAUGCAUUAAAUUUACCUACGUUAGAAGAUUUGAAACGAAAGGUUUUGUGUCCACCUAUAGAUGAAAUUUACAGGAUAUUCAAUGAAUCACUGCUCAACAGAACUAAUGAUGAAGGAAUUAAUGAUUCGAGAUUGGACAAGUUUUUGACUGAUGUUCAAGACAACUUCGCUUUCGACCCGGACGCACCACCAGUUCCGGACAAUGAUGACUACUCUAUUCAUUUUGAUCAAGAUGAGAACAUUGGAUCUGUUUCUCGCCUCGAGGAGACUUUUGGAGCUGUGCCGCAUGGAAGUGAGUCAAGUAGUGGUGAGUUUGAUUUAAUGGGUCAAAGUCAACUGACAGUGAUCGAACCAUCACUUGAGAACCUACUGAAAUUCAUUCAGCCGGGAGAAUUUACCAACUUCAGUGAGCCAGUACUUAAUGCGUUUUUCGGAACCAGAGCAAAAGCUGCGCAGCGUAGGGGCAGUAAAGCUGUCAAGAAAAAAACCAAAACAUCACCGGAUAGCAUAACAGUGGAAUACAAGUUGGAAACUGUGUCACUGGCUAACGAGAAAAGGCAGGCUGCGACUACUUUGUCAGACAGAAACCUGGACAAAAACAAGAAAACAUGCGCAGAGUUGAGUCGCGAGGAGUACCCGCGUCAAAAGUGGACCUCGUACUUUGAGCUGGAACUAGACUUUGCGAAGUUCCAUAAGUCGGAUAAAAGAGUCCCAAAAGAUGUUCAUAUUGAAAUUGAGGAGGGAUAUAAUUAUCAAAAUGAACUGGAUAAGAGUAAUGUAGCACCAGUAUUCAGAGAUGACGAUUACCAAGAUGAUGGCAAUGAUAAGCAAGACAUGGAUGACGAUGAACCUCAGUUCUUUAAUGCCAAUGGCGAUGAUUUUGACGUUGAUGAUUUUGCUAAUAACGAAAACGAAAUUAAUGAUAAUGCUCUUGUUGACCAACCAGUGUACACUCAACAGUUCAAGUUGAACUACUCGAAACGAGCAAAAACUGUUGAUGUGCGAAAAGUCAAACAGUGUAUGUUGGCGACCCUGAUAAAUAAAGCCAAGGAAACUGAAAAUACAGAUAAGGAAAGUACAGUUGAACUAACUGAGCUAUUCGCGAAAGCAAAAAGAAGGCUGCCCGAGCGAGCUGUUGGUGAUCUUUCAAUUCCGAUCACGCUUGUAGCGCUUCUAGACUUGGCAAACGAAAAGAGUUUAAAGUUGGAUACUAAUGAGAAUCGAACCAACGUAUUGGCUUCUUUUGAAGAUAAUACUUAAUCAUGUACUGGUAGAAACUCAUGAUCUUGUUUUUCAGAAAUAGUUGUUAUUGUUUGUAGAAAUUGAGUGAAUACUUUGAAAAAUUUCAAAUCUGCGGUUUAUUGUGGUUGGUCAUUUCUACCCAAUCAAUGUAUUUUUGUA